AUGGCAGACUACGCCAAGAAGAAGAACGACGAGCUGGCGACGCUGUGUAAGGAACGCGGCCUUGCUCACACGGGCAAGAAGGCAGACCUUGUGAAGCGACUUGAAGACCACGAUGCUUCAGCGACGUCAGCCACUACGACCACUGCUCCGGCCAUGGACGACGAGAUCGACUGGGACGACGAACCUGCUACCGAAGCCGCAAAGGCAGCUACAAGCCAGCCAGCCGCAGACGCUCUGGAAGCUGGAGGUGUUGGUGUUGAGGUGCCGAACCCACAAGCGGUGCCGAACCAAAUCGUAGCAGAAGACCCAGCUCAAACCGACGACCUCACCGUUGCCGCCGCCCCUACUUCUGAGACACCAGCCGUGGAAGCCAAGGAGCCAGAGAAGGACUACAGCACCGGCCUGGCUGAGCGCACCAUUGACGAAGAAAUCGAGAAGCGCAAGGCUCGAGCGCGCAGAUUCGGCAUGCCCGAGGACACCGACGACAUUAAGGCACUGGAGCGCGCGAAGCGAUUCGGCACGGCUGAUCUGCCAGGCAUGAUGAACAAGGCUCUGCCGACUGCUCACGACAGGAAGCGAGGAAGGCUGGAGGGCGAGGCGGAUGGUGGGAUUCGCAAGAGGAGCCGUGGUCCGCUCAGGGGUAGGGGAAGGCCGGGAAGAGGUGGUGGGCGGGAGAGGACGCCGCAGAGCACCAACUCGGGUUCUGGUGGGUACGCGAGCUGGAUGUCGCAGGCAGACAAGGACGCGGCGGAUCGGAGGAAGGCGAAGUUUGCUACCAGCUGA